GACACUUUUAUAGAAGAGGUCACGUCGCAGAAGGAACGAAACCUUGAAUAUAACGUUUAUACCAACGAAAAUUGUAGAUGUUAUUUUUUUAUACUAGAAAAUAAAAAAGCCGAGUUUAUGAAGAAGGAGUGUAGCCUUAGGAUCAGAGCCGUUGAUAAGCAAUCUCUUGCCAGGAACGAUGAUAAACUCUUAAUGCUCUCGUUGAGUGGACUAAGAAAUGAAUCGAUGAAGGGGUUGAAAAUCUUGACAUUGUGUAUUUGUUGA